AUGAGAAAUCUCUUAAUAAAAAUAAUUUUAUAGUUGAUUUGAAACAUACUACUUAAUUAUCGUACAAUGGACAAAAAUAAUGACAAAAUAAGUUCACCACAAUUACAUCACUAUAAUGAAGAUAAGAUCAACUUAAUAUGUAUGAAAAUAGAUAAAGAAACAACUAAUUUAAAAAACUCAAAAAAUGAAAAUAAAUUAGUUACUAUUGAAAAUGAUCAUAAAUAUUUUAAUGCUGAUUUACAAGAAACUGAUACAAUAACACUCUUAGAAUUACCAGCCUUGAAUCCCACUGUUAACCUACUAACACCAGAACAAAAAAAAAUACACAAGAUUCCUCAAAUUUUCGAUGGAAAAAAGCUAUGUUUGUUGUCCAAUGCUACUCAAACUUCGAACUCAUUUAAAAGAAAACAAAAAACUCAAACAACAUCUAUUUUACUUAAUAAUAAGUCUAUUUAUACUUCUCAGUGGCAGCUCAUUCAAAGUAAUGUCAAUGUAAUAUCUCAAUCAAUAGAAAGACAUGAAAAUGAUUUUGAAGUAAUCAAGCCUGACUUAUUCAAAAAAACAACGUUUAUUUUAAAUCGAAUUAUAACAUCAAACAAUUUUGCUGAAAAACAAGUCAAAUUCAAAACUCAGUGUAUAGAUACCGAAUUUGUGUCAUAUCGUUACAUAUUAGAAGAAAUUUUAUAUUUUUCUUGUCAAGAAAUCACGAAUUUUUCUAUAACGUCUUUUGUGUGGAAUAUUAUGAAUGAAAAUAUAAUAGCAGCUAGCUAUGGAAAAACAGAUUGCGAUGGUGAUGACAUUCAAGGAAUCGUAUGUUGUUGGUCAUUAAAAAAUCCUAUUUACCCAGAAAGAAUAUAUAAAUUUGAUAAAGCUAUUACUUGCUCAGUUUUUUCCAAAUCUAAAGCUAAUAUUCUUAUUGUAAGUAGUGUUAGUGGCCAAAUAUUUGUACUAGAUAUAACACAGGACCACUGCAUACCAAGAAUAAUCAAUAGUAAGAACAUGGAAUAUUUCCCAAUAUGUUACAUUGUUCCAUUCAUGCAAAUCAAUCAUAAUAAUUCUGAAGACGAGUAUGUUUUAUCAGUCGAUAGCAAUGGCUUUGUGCGGAAAUGGUCUAUUUUAUUCGAAUCAAACAAAAUUGAUCAGAUGUUCUUGAUUUAUUGCGGAUUAAAAAAUGACGAAGGCAUAACGCUAAAAAAUAAUAGUAUUAUUGUACAAAAUAUGUCAGGCACUGUGAUAACAUUUCACCCUAUCAAAAAAAUGAUCUUCUAUGUUGGAACUAAUUUUGGUUUUAUAGUCAAGAACUAUAUAGAUAAUUGUGACGAUUACGAUGACAUUUUUAUGGCUCAUAAUGGUCCAGUAUAUGGAAUAAAAUUUUCUCCAUUUUUUCCAAGCGUUUAUAUGACUUAUGGUGCAGACUGGCAAAUAAAAAUUUGGGCUGAAGAUGUUGAAAUUCCACUUCUUUCACUCUGUAACUUUAAUACUGUUGAAGAUGCUGAUUGGUCGCCUGUUCAUUCCACUGUAAUUGUUAGUGUAAGUGGGAAAUUUAUAUGUAUAUGGGAUUUUGCUAGAAAAGCAGUAGAACCUGUAAUGAAGUUAGAAUGUCGUGAAGAUGUUCAUUUUACUUUGGUAAAGUUCUCCAAAAACGGCAGAAAUAUUAUAACUGGUGAUUCAAAAGGAUUCAUGAGAUGCUACCACAUUAAAAGUAUGCCAGUUACUCCAUUUCUUCAAAAAGAAUCAUUUGUAACGGCUUUGAAAAAUGUAGUACCAGCCACUCCAGAAUUAAACACAAUUAUGUUUCACUCGGCAGUCCGUUUAAUUAUUUGAACUGGGUUAACUUCAACUUCAACCGUCGUAAUAUCAACAA